AUGCACCUCUCUCCGUUCGUGCUGUGCGCGCUGGCGUCACUCGCGGUGGUGUCCACCGUCGAAGGCCGAGACACCCCCGCUCGUGUGUCCUACGACGAGCAAGCAGCGCCAUUGCACCAACUGCAUUGGAGUCAUGUAGACCAGCCGUUGGACGAUGUGGUCUUCACGAACGGCGCACCGGGUCAUCGCUUCCGCAAACUCUCGUAUUCUGAACCGCAGGGUCCGACGGAAACGCGCUUGGUGGUGCGUGGCCCACCAGCCUUCGCUGGCGACAAAAAGCGUGCGAAGAACGAAUGGGUUCCAUUGGCGGCCGCUGCCGCCCGCGUCGCCGCCCCCCACAUCGCGCGAGCUGCCGCUCCUUACGUCGCUCGCGCAGCUCCGUACGUCGCCCGUGCUGCCGCUCCGAUUGCCCGUGCAGUAGUGCAGCGGGCCGCACCCUACGUGGCCCGGGCUGUUGGUACCCGUGGCGUCCAGAUCGGCCAGGCCGUACUGCGAAACGCCCCCAAGGCUUUGAACGCUGUAAAUAAAGUCGCAUCGACUGUCCAACGAGGCGCAAGUGCUGUCACUGGCAUCUCGGAUUCAGUGGCUCGCAUCAACUCGAAAGUCAACUCAGCUGCGAGCCGGUAUGCCAAUGAUAAGGGUGUUGUUGGGCGGUUGGCUCGAGGAGUGCAAGACGGGUCGAAGACUGUUGGCGAAUACAACUCGCAGGUUCGCAGUGCAGCUAGUACCGUCGGUCAAUAUGCAGGCAAAGUAAAGAGUGUGACGGGCGUGCUGGGCAAAGGAGCGUCCAAGCUAAACGGCGCGUUGGGAGUCACGAGCGCAAAGAAUGUUCGCAUGGGCAACCCGCUGGCCAGGAUUGGGCAGUCGGGGACGAAGUUCGGCAGCAGUGUCCAAAAGGGACUGCAAUCUGUCAAGAAGGGCUCCGACGCCGUCAAGCGAGGCGCCGAUAAGGUGUCCAAGGGCGCGACGAUGGUCAAGGGAGUGGCCGGCAAGGUCUCGAAAGUGAGCACGAAGGUCGGUAGCAUCAACGACAAGAUCGGCAAUGCGGCGUCCAAGUUGAGCAGCCGUUCUGGGUGGCUGGGGAAAGCUGCGCGUGCUGUCAAGCGCGGCACGGAUGUGGCGGCCACUAGCACCAAAAAGGCGGCUACAGGCACCAAGAAGUCGGCCACUAGCACCAAGAAGGCGGCUACCGGCAACAAAAAGGCGGCUACAGGCACCAAGACGUCCGCAGUUGGCACCAAGAAGGCGGCCACUAGCACCAAAAAGGCGGCUACAGGCACCAAGAAGUCGGCCACUAGCACCAAGAAGGCGGCUACCGGCAACAAAAAGGCGGCUACAGGCACCAAGACGUCCGCACACCAAAAAGGCGGCUACAGGCACCAAGAAGGCGGCGACGGGCACCAAGAAGGCGGCCACUGCAAGAAAGUCCUCGACGGUGGCAAAGCGAUCUCCGACUACAGCUAAGCGUGCACCCACUGCGGCCAAGCGAGCCGCUAAAACUGCUAAGCGUGCUUCGCCUACUGCGGCGAAACGUACAGCUUCCCGUUCAGCUUCCCGUUCGGCCUCCCGUACAGCUUCACGUUCCCGUUCGGCCUCCCGUUCAGCUUCCCGUUCAGCUUCCCGUACAGCUUCCCGUUCAGCUUCACGUUCUGGUUCCCGUUCGGCUGGCGGUCGUCGUGGAAAGUUGUAAAAUGUCGUAAUUCGACAUCAUUGCGUUCAUGAAA